UCAGCAAUGGGAAAUAAUUUCGACGCCAAAGAUGAUGUCGCAUUACUGAAGUUGAAGAAACCCGUCAGGUUCAAUAGAAACGUGAGACCUGCCUGUCUACCCUAUCCGGGAGAGGAGUUUGAAGCUGGAACUGUCUGCGCAGUCGCUGGGUGGGGCCAAACCUCUCAAGGUCAGUUUGAAUAA